AUGGCAAGCCAAAAGCGGAAAGAUACCAUCGAUUGGACGGAGUACUUCAUGGCGAUGGCUUUCCUCGCGGCAAAACGCAGCAAAGAUCCAUCAACGCAGGUUGGAGCUUGCAUCGUGAACGAGGACAAACGGGUGGUCGGUAUCGGGUACAACGGGUUCCCCACCGGUUGCAGUGAUGACGAAUUUCCGUGGUCCAAAACGUCGGAUAAUCCGCUCGAGACAAAGUACCUGUACGUGUGCCAUGCGGAGGUGAACGCCAUCCUGAACAAAAACAGUACGGACGUCAAGAACUGCACCAUGUAUGUGGCUUUGUUUCCUUGUAACGAGUGUGCGAAAAUUAUCAUCCAGUCGUCGAUCCGGGAGGUUGUGUAUAUGAGCGAUAAGCACGCGCACAAGGAGCACACGAUCGCGGCAAAGAGAAUGUUUGAUGCUGCCGGUGUUCGGUACACACAGUACAAACCGCGCCACAGUCAGAUAGUGAUCGAUUUUACCGAAAUCGAUUGGGACAGUUUGAAUCAAGUGCCUGCAACCCCAAAAAAGAACGGAACAACUGACGGAAUAGACAUCACUAGGCUCUCUCUAAAAGAGCACCCCUAA